AUGGCAAACGCUAAAGCUGCAGUGAGCCAAAGCGCCGUUGCUGUAGGCCUUGAGGACCUGAAGAACAGCAAUGUUGAAUUCUCCGUGCUCGAGGAAGCGUUUGGACCCUCCAGCUUGGGCAUUAUAGUUGUGAAGGAUCUCCCGUCAAAGUUCCAUGAACUGCGGCACAGACUACUGUCCUACGCCUCGGCCCUUGGAAACCUACCAAAAGAUGAGCUGGCAAAGCUUGAAUCACCCGCUUCCAAGUGGCUAGUAGGCUGGUCGUGUGGAAAGGAGACGCUCAAGGAUGGCAGGUACGAUACUUUGAAAGGGUCGUACUAUGUCAACUGCGCUACUGCCUUUGAGGAGCAGCAAAAGGCAGUUGCCGAGAAGUACCCGUCCUUCCCAGAGUACACGGCACCGAACGUGUGGCCGUCCGAGCAACUCCUGCCGGGUUUCGAGGCAACGUUUCGCGAACUCUGCACUCUCAUCAUCGACAUAGCCGCAUUAGUGGCGCGAGCAUGUGACAAGUACGCCGAAGCCAAUAUCGAAGGCUAUCAAAAAGGUUACCUGGAGCAUGUGGUCAAGACGAGCAUCUCGACCAAGGCAAGACUACUGCACUACUUCCCCAGUCCCGCGUCGGCACCCCAACCUUGCAGCGGCGACGAAGAUGACUGGUGUGCCACGCACCUCGAUCACGGCUGUCUGACAGGACUCACGUCGGCCAUGUUUGUUGAUGAAGCUGUCAGCCCACCGCAAACAGGUGCAUCGUUUUCACCACUCCAAGAACUUGGCAGUUCGCCGGACCCCAAGGCAGGUCUAUAUAUACACUCGCGGACCGGAGCUAUCACCAAAGUCAGCAUCCCUCGCGACAGCCUCGCCUUCCAAACGGGCGAAGCACUUGAGAUUAUCACCAAAGGCAAGUUCAAAGCCGUGCCCCACUUUGUGAGGGGUGCCGCGGCUGGAGCUGGCGGGAGCAAGGUGGCCAGGAACACAUUGGCAGUGUUUACGCAGCCUAAUUUGUGGGAAAAGGUAGACGAGAAGCGGGACUUUGCAGCGUUUGCCAAGGAGAUAGUUGAAAAGAACCAUUAA